GGCAGGUCCUAGGUGGCGCAGCUGCAGGUAGGAGGACUCCUGCAGGAGACCGGGCGGCGUACGCCUGCGCUUAAGGAGAGGCAAUGAGUUCCGUGGCUUUUUGUAGGAUUAGCUCCCUUCUUACCUGAAGGCAAAACUCCAGGAAAGUCGGCACGUGUUGGAGAAAGAUGAGUUCGAGCUUGAUCGCAAGUCAAGGCAGUGAUGCUGAGGCGGGGGCCUGGGUGGUGGCCGCAGGGGAUAAGGUCGCCGCGCCGCCCCUGCGUGAUGGACUUUUGAUAGUGAAAGUGGAGGAAGACUCACCGGGAGUUCGGGAGUCCGACCCGCCUGUGGACUGUCUGGAUCCCGAAACUUGUCGACAGCAUUUUAGGCGGUUCCGUUAUCAUGAGGUGGCCGGACCCGAAGAGGCGCUGAGCCGGCUGUGGGAACUUUGUCGUCGGUGGCUGAGGCCUGAGACGCACUCGAAGGAGCAGAUCCUGGAGCUGCUGGUGUUGGAGCAGUUCCUGACCAUCCUGCCCCCGGACCUCCAGGACCGGGUGCGGAAACACUACCCCGAGAGUGGGGCCGAGGCUGCGGCUGUAGUGCGGGCUCUUCAGAGAGCGCUUGGUGGGACCUCGCUCCAGGGAUUGGUGAAAGUCAAGGAUGUGCCUAUAACCUGGGAGGAGUGGGAGCAUCUGGACCCAGUUCAGAGGGACUUCUACAGGGAGAGCACGCUGAAGGAUUAUGGGAACACAGCCCUGUCAAGUUUGGAAACCAGAACAGAGAGGAGAGAGUUUAUUCCAAAGCAAGAAAUUCUAGAAGUAGAGCCACAGAUACAGCUACAAGAAGGCUCCCUAGGGAAGGCUCCCCUGUUGUCCAGAUGUGGCCAGAACCAUGAAGAGAUGAUGGUAGAAGAGAAGCACUCAGGAAACCCCUCACUGCUGAAACUUGAAAAUUCUCCUGAAGAGCAAGGACUUCCCAGCAUCUCAUAUAGCAAGAAUGGUCUCACAGAAGGGGGAGACUCCAAAAAUAAUGAAAUUGGGAAUAGUGCCAGAAGUUCAGACUUUGUUCUUCGUCAGCAUGGCUUGACAGCAGAGAGGUCCGUUAAUGGUGACGAAUGUGGCAACAAGUGCAAACAGAGUUUAGAUAAGGAGAAACUUCAAGUGAUGAAACCUCACAAAUCUAUUGACAAUGUUGGAAAUUUCCAUACUUCAGGCUUUUCUGAGACCCCGAGGCAGCUCCGUGAAGAAAGACCUUAUAAAUGUGAUAACUGUGAGAAGAGUUUCAAACAGCGCUCCGACCUCUUGAAACAUCAGAGAAUUCACACUGGGGAGAAACCCUAUGAAUGCCAAGAAUGUGGGAAGAGCUUCAGUCAGAGUGCUGCGCUGAUUAAACACCAGAGGACACACACAGGGGAAAAGCCAUACACAUGCCCCAAAUGCGGGGAUAGCUUCAGGCAGAGCUCACAUCUCAAUCGACAUCAGCGGAUCCACAUAGGAGAAAAACACUAUAAAUGUACCGAAUGUGGGGAGACCUGCCGUAUUUCCAACCGUUUUAGACAUCAGAGACUCCAUAAAGGGGAGAGACCCUAUACAUGUGAAGAAUGUGAGAAGAGCUUCAAACGGUGUUCUGACCUCUCUAAACAUCAGAGAAUCCAUACUGGGGAGAAGCCUUAUGGAUGUUCUGUCUGUGGGAAAUGCUUCAGUCAGAGUGCAACCCUCAUUAUACACCAGAGAACUCACACUGGAGAAAAACCUUAUAAAUGUCUUGAAUGUGGGGAAAGCUUUAGACAGAGUCCACACCUUAUCCGACACCAAAGAAUCCAUAGAAAUAAAGUCCCAUCAUUUUGA